GAUGUCAAUAUAAAAACCGGAACGUGCAUUCAUAUUUUUGUCAUCGUCAAACCACUUGAUGAUUGCUGUUGAACCUCGUGAAUGCAGUGUAAUCAAAAGCUAAUACAAGAGAAAAGUAAAAAUCACGAUGGACGCUGAAGAAUACAGAGAGCGAGGUAAAGAAAUGGUAGACUAUAUAUGUGACUACCUGUCUAAUAUACGUCAACGUAAAGUUGCACCAAACGUUCAACCAGGCUACAUGAGAAAAAUUAUUCCCGAUAAAGCCCCACAGAAAGGCGAGAAUUGGGACGAAAUAUUCCAGGAUAUUGAACGAGUUAUAAUGCCAGGGGUGACACACUGGCAAAGUCCUCAUAUGCAUGCAUAUUUUCCCGCUUUGAACUCGUUCCCCUCGCUGCUCGGAGACAUGCUUGCAGAUGCUAUUAACUGCAUAGGAUUUACAUGGGCUGCAAGUCCCGCGUGCACGGAGCUCGAAAUGAAUGUCACUGAUUGGUUAGGAGAACUAAUUGGACUACCUCCUCAUUUUCUUCAUAAGACUCCUGGUUCUUUUGGUGGAGGCGUUAUACAGGGUACAAUGAGCGAAGCUACCUUCGUCGCCAUGUUAGCAGCUCGAACAAGCGCCAUUAAGAAAGCCCGUCGCCGCAUUCCGGAUCUAGAUGAUGUGGAAGAUGCUAUGAUCUGUUCGCGCCUUGUCGCAUACUGCUCUGAUCAGGCUCACUCUUCACUGGAAAAAGACGCACUUCUGUCUAUGGUCAAGUUGAAGACCCUAGAAUCAGACAAACAUUUGAGUUUGCGUGGUGCGACGCUAAAGAAAGCUAUAGACGAUGACCGACGCAAAGGUUUGAUUCCAUUUUUUGUCUGUGCUACCCUCGGUACCACCGGUGCGUGUUCCUUUGACAACAUCGAGGAGAUGGGUCAAGUUUAUGAAUGUGUUUAUUUGUUUAAUAGGGUUAGUGACAGUCGCCUUCUCCAUAAUACGUUUUGUGUCAAUCCGCUGUACCUCCAACACGAAAAUGAGGGCGCUGCAGUUGACUAUAUGCAUUGGCAGAUCCCACUAAGCCGACGUUUUAGAUCGCUUAAGUUGUGGUUUGUGAUGCGUUCGUUUGGAGUGGAUGGUCUACAGAAGCAUAUUCGAAAGGGAGUAGCACUUGCGAAAUAUUUCGAGAAUCUUGUCAGGCAAGAUUGCAACUUUGCAGUGGCAGCCAAGAGGGUUCUUGGUUUAAUCGUCAUUCGACUAAAAGAUUCGUGUAAAUUGACGGCGGAGCUUCUGCGCAGAAUCAAUUCCUCUUGUAAGUUUUAUGGAGUUCCCGCGUCUGUUAAAGGCCAGUUCGUGAUGAGAUUCACUGUGACGUCCCAAUACACUGAAGAAUCUGAUAUCCUCAAAGAUUGGCAAUUGAUUCAAACCUCGGCACGCGAACUCUUGUUAGAGAAGGGUAUAGAGUACAUCACUUCGGCAACAAGUGACAUCAAAAUUGUGAUAGAAACAACAGAGAAGCAAUCGGUCGUGCAUAACUUCAAGCUCACCAAAGGUCUUUGUUCAUCUGAUGAUUCUGACAUCGACUCAGACUUCUCUGAAAUGUCAGAUGUCACUGGAGACGACAUCAAAUGUUCUGCAGACAACAAAAGUGGUGGUCAUGAGAAGCACUUAAGCCUGAGUCCGAAGAAGACCAUUGAUGCGAAAACAAAUUUCGUAAGUAAAGGUCGUAUGGGCUCAACUGCCCAAGCGAAUGGAAACAACUACACCGGUGUUGUUAACAUCUGCCACCAUUUGUAAACAACAUUUUGGAGGCGAGCGUGCGUAGAUUAGUGUUGAAAUCAGUAAAAUAAUUUGGUGCACAUUCUACGUCCCGGUAACAAUGUUUUUAUCUUUAGAAUUCUAUGUAUUAAGUGUAUUCACCAUGUUUAUUUAAAUAACAAACUAUGAUGCAAUAUAUAAAGUACAUUUGAUGUGAUGGUGUAUGGUUUUGUUUACUGUUUGUAUGAGUUUUAUUCUAAGUUUGAUAGUAUUCAAGAUAUUACAUUAUUUACAUUUAAUAUAGCAAUUUGAGACAAGAAGUCAGAGAUAUAUAAAACCAUCACCAUUACAUGUAACUAAAAUUAAUUUCAUCAGUAUUUAUAGUCAAAACUCCUACCAAGUACCGUCGAAAAACAUGGUGCCAUGUGUAUGUUUAUCGAUUCAACUUUGAAUAAGAAAUCGCACAGGCUGCAUCAGUUCAAUAAUUCAAUACUACCUUGUUCUGAUUAGCUAAUCAGUAAUAUCUUCUAUGAAGACAUGUUAUUCCUUAUACCAACAUUCCUCCUGAGAAAUGUGUUUGUUUACUAUGAAUAUGUACUAUGCCUAGAUUUGAAAUAUAUAUAAAAUCAUAUAUUUUUGUUAAUCUUAAUCACAAAAUUGAUUUUCAAUUUUGUUACAUUCUAUCUGAUAUCAAACGCACAUCUACGUCAUGCAUCAAGAUUCGAAAUGCUCGUUAAAAUAAAUACUAUAUUUAUAAUGUUGUAUAAUUUAAACAUCGAAUAUGGGAUGUGCUUCAAUUGUUGAUUAAUGGUUUUUUGUUUUUUGUUUUUUUUUUGUUUUGUUUUUUUUUUACUCCUUGCUAGAACAAGUGUUUUAUGUCCUUAUUGGCUGUAGUAUUAUGGAUAGACUCAGACAAUUAAAAAAAAGCUAUCGACGUUACUUAUACUAAAUCUAUGAUAUUGUGACAUCACAAUUAUGUUGCGUUGUUUCUAGUUAGGAUCCUAAAACAAUGUUUAAAAUAAAAUUGCAAUAAAUCAUUAUACUAUUAGGCUAAAUCGUGUUUUGUUUUUGCUUAUUGAAAAAGAGGGAUUGUCACAUUUAUUUGGUUUACUUGAUAUUACCCAAUUGCCAUUAAAUAAUUAUAUUUAUUUCAAUUAUAAUGAUAGUAGUAAUAAUGAUAAUGAUUAAUAAUGAUGGUGAUAUUUAAAAUGUUAAUGAUGAUAAUUAUAUCAAUUCUAAUACUAACUAAAACUGUUGAUUAAUGGUUUUUUGGGGUUUUUUUUGUGUUUUUUUUUUGCUGAUUGGAAUCAAUGACUGUUUUUACUCCUUGCUAGAACCAGUGUUUUAUGUCCUUAUUGGCUGUAGUAUUAUGAAUAGACUCAGACAAUAAAAAAAAAAAAGCUAUCGACGUUACUAAAUCUACGAUAUUGUGACAUCACAAUUAUGUUGCGUUGUUUCUAGUUAGGAUCCUAAAACAAUGUUUAAAAUAAAAUUGCAAUAAAUCAUUAUACUAUUAGGCUAAA